CGAUUUCAGACGUCAUCGUCGCGCUUCGGUCAUCGCCAAGCAAAAAUGUCUGCCUAAGGGAAACUCGCAAGUUACAUAGUGGAUAUUUGCAAUAUACAAUCGCAAAAGAUACCGAUUUCAUUAAAUUCCCGACGCGAAACCGAGACAGCCACGCCGUCACUGGCACACCCGAUCGCCCUAGUUGGAUUUCUGACAACAAAACAGAUUUAGAAAAGGAUCGUGAGGAUGAACCCUCAGCAGCGGAUUGCCGCUAUCGGGACGGAUAAGGAGCUGAGCGAUCUGCUGGAUUUCAGCGCGAUGUUUUCUCCACCUGUAAACAGUGGGAAAAACAGGCCGACCACUCUCGGAAGCAGUCAGUUCACCGCAUCAGGUAUGGAUGAGAGGACAAGCCAAGCAUCAUGGGCCUCAGGUGGCCAGUCCAGCCCGUCCUACGAGUCCUCCAGGGGGUUUGGAGGCAGCGCUCAUUAUGCUGAUCACUUGAGUGACAGUCGAUUAGUGUCCCAUGAAGGAUUGUCCCCAACACCUUUCAUGAGCUCCAACAUAAUGGGCAAGUCUGAGAGGCCUCCGUUCUCUGGUUAUGGAAGAGAGCCAGGCGUCUCUGGAUGCCAGUCUAGUCUGAGGUCGGACAUAGGGCUAGCAAGCCCAGGGCCCGUCACCACCUCUGGAAAGUCUCCUACUCCGUUCUACUCGUAUACUGGCCCCAAUCCACGAAGACGCUCCCUUCAGGACUCUGCUUCACUAGAUCCUCUGCAAACAAAGAAAGUGCGCAAGCCCCCUCCUGGCCUGCCUACAUCUGUGUAUGCACCAUCUCCCAGCUCAGAUGACUUCAACAGAGACUCUCCAUCUUACCCGUCCCCCAAACCCCCCAGCAGUAUGUUUGCAAGCACUUUCUUCGAUGGGACCCACAAUUCCUCUGACCCAUGGAACUCGUCCAGUGGGAUCAGCCAGCCAGGCUAUGGGGGAAUGCUGGGAGGAUCUUCAUCUCACAUGCCACAGUCUGGAAACUACAGCAACCUGCACUCACACGAGCGCCUGAACUACCCGCCACACUCGGUGUCACCCACCGACAUCAACGCUAGCCUGCCACCCAUGUCCAGCUUCCACCGUGGCAGUGCCAGCACCUCACCCUUCGUCACCGCAUCUCACACCCCACCAGUCAACACCGCAGAGGGAGUCAUGGCUGCUGCCAACCGAGGGAAUGCCACUGGAAGCUCUCAGACUGGAGACGCACUAGGAAAAGCCCUGGCUUCGAUUUAUUCUCCUGACCACACCAGCAGUAGUUUCCCUUCAAACCCCUCCACUCCAGUGGGCUCUCCCUCUCCUCUGACGGCUCAGGCUGGCGCUGGCACAGCAGGUACAGUGGUGACGGCCAGCGGCCCCACAGGAAGGGCAGGUACAACUCAGUGGCCCCGUGCGACUGGACAGGCGCCUUCCUCCCCAAACUACGAGAACUCCCUUCACUCUCUGAAAAAUCGUGUGCACCAGCAGCUUCAUGAGCAUCUGCAGGAUGCCAUGUCCUUCUUAAAGGAUGUCUGCGAGUCUCGGAUGGAGGACCGGCUGGACAGGCUGGACGAUGCAAUCCACGUCCUGCGGAAUCACGCCGUGGGCUCCACCGCCGCACUGUCCAGCGACAUCCACAGCCUGUUAGGACAAGCGCACAACGGGCCAAUCUCAGCCAUCGGCACCAAUUUCCCCGCUUCUGGAUUGGUCACCAACCGAACAGCACAAAUGGGCUCUGUUCACCGUGAAGAGACCGUCAGCCUGAACAACAACCACGGCGGCCUGCAGGCCAGCGCCGGUCCCACCUCUAGCUCGGAGCUCAACCACCAGGCAGACACAUUCAGAGGAAUCGCUAGUGCUCUGGCCAGCCAAGUUGCUCCUGCUCUGGACCUGAAGGUCGAGAAUCAAGAAAAGGAUGACAUGCAUGAUAACCAGUCCUCUGACGACCUCAAAUCAGACGACGAGAGUGAUAAAAGAGAUAUGAAGCAGAAUCGGGGAAGCACUCGACCAAGCAGUAUCAAUGAAGAUGAGGACCUGAACCCCGAGCAGAAGGCAGAGCGUGAGCGAGAGAGGAGGAUGGCCAACAACGCCCGUGAGAGGCUGCGAGUCCGGGACAUCAACGAGGCGUUCAAAGAGCUGGGCCGCAUGUGUCAGCUGCACUUGAAGAGCGAGAAGCCCCAGACCAAACUGCUCAUUCUUCACCAGGCCGUCGCUGUCAUUCUCAGCCUCGAACAGCAAGUCAGAGAGAGGAACCUAAACCCCAAAGCAGCCUGCCUUAAGAGGAGGGAGGAGGAGAAGGUGUCAGGGGUUUCAGGUGACCCCCAACAAGCCCACCCGCCUGUGCACCCGGGCCUCACAGACACAUCCAACCCCAUGGGCCAUCUGUGAACAGCCAGAUCAAAUGGAUCCCGAUGGCGUGUGUUAGACAGAGUCGGUGACCUUGCUUUCCACGGGCGGACAGGACUCACAGUUUGUGACACAAAUUUGAAAAGACAGACCACUCGAAGCAAAAUUCCACCGUUAAGCAAUCCUGAGAUAGAAGAAAACUGGCAAGUGCCCAGCUCCCUGUGAAGACAUCCCAUAUCGAUAAGCAACUUUCUGCCCACCAGAGGAAAAAAAACAAAAACAAAAAUCAAGCAUAAAAGCCCCUCAGCACAUAUCGCUGUCUGCAAGCCGUGUGCCGCAGCUGUACAAUCAGAGACUGUCGCCACCCCCUCCACCCUGAACGUGGAAGUUGCCUUGUGCCUAAACUGAAUUGACGAAUGCAUUGUAACAGCAAUUUGUUCUUUUCUUCUCGAUUUUGUUUGUUUGUUUGUUUUUUUCCUAUUUAUUACGUUACUGAGCUGUAAGUCUGUGUUUAAAGGGAAAGUUCUGACAUUGCUAUGAGAAGCUGCUGGCGUUUCAGUAGAUCUGCAGUUUGUCCGUCACAUCGGAGUCGUGUGCUGUCCUCAGCCUCGCUCCCGUCCGCUCCAUCAGACUUAAUAUAUUCAGAUCAAAUUCCGUGCCCUCGCGAAAGAAUCUGACGGCUCCCUGUGUCUAAAAAGAAAAGGAGAAAGAAAUAAUAUAUUAUUUAUAUUUAUCGUACAUUCAUUCCGCAAAUAACAGCAUGAGAAACCAAAACUACCUAAUUCUUUCUGACGUUUGUCGAUAGUGUAGCUCAGAGUCCUCGUCACCGAGUUUUGACCGGAUUCCCCGUGUCGUGGAGACGAUGGCGGAACGGCAGACUCUGGCUUUACUGAAAGGUCAAAGGUCAAACACAAGCUGACAUGUUUAUACUCAUUAGUGAGCAGUACAGAUACGGAAAGCAGAACGUUAAACCCCAGCAUUCCCUGCAUUUUUCUUAGUGUCUUAAACGGGAAAGGGGACGCAGUCUCGUCCUCUCGAUUCCUUCGCCAUAUAGUGUUAAGGGUAAAGAGAAAGACGUAUUUCCGAUUCAGUUUGUUUGCGUUCAGACGCUACUUUAUUUGGUCGAAGAGCCGUGGUUAUGCCGAGGGCAUCAGUACUGAGGAAUCUCUGUUACACCGCGACACAUGGCACUGUUGGAAAAAAAAAAAAAGAGAAAGAAAAAAGAGUUGGAUUUAAAACGAAGACCAUUCAUUCACCUGGCCUGAAUUGAAGUUUUGUUUUACGUUCUUUUGUUUUUCUAAAACCAUUAACAGUUUAUAAAAAAAAAGAGAAAGAAAAAAAGAAAUACUCAAAGUAACCACGUUAUAUGUUUAUUUGUAAUUGUAUACAAAGCAUCUCUCUAGGCUUCAUAGUAAAGCGUAUAUUUGUCGUGUGAAAAUAGAAGGAUGUUCUAAGUUACUUAGAAUGGCUUUGUCUUUCCCCUCCAUGCAUUGAAGUACUUGAUACUUGAUCAGCAGAAUGUGAGCGCAAUGUCUGUUCGAAAAAAAAAAAAGAGAGAGAGAAGCUCUAUGAAUUCAAAUGCUGUGAAGCAUCAAAAUCAGCAAACAGUGGGAAUGAUGAACAAAGCCAGUUUGGAUCAGGAAUUUUUUUCUGCCAUUAUUUGUUUUCUUUGUAAAUCUGAAGAGAGCAGCAGUCACCGCUUUCGUUUUACAAUGUAUGAGUUUUUCUUUAAGACCAAAAAUCUCCUUUUCUGCCCUGUCUGUUUGUCUUCCAUGCGUUCACUCCACUGAAACAAGACUGCCACAUACUCACGUGAACCUCUCUCUCGAAUACCAAGAACAAAACUUAAGGAAAGGUUUCAGAAAAUCAGCGUUACUUUCCUUCUGUGUUCUUUCUCUUUCUUUGCUUUGUGAAGAGUUUCCUUCCUUAACAAAAUGAUCGUGAAAUCCACUAGUCUUUGUGGCCUUGUUAUACAUUUCAGUAUUCAAGAGCUUGUAUUUUUGCCGGCUGAAAAUUAAUCGAGGUUAUGAAUCAUCUCUUUAUCUGUUGUUUUGUUUUCCCUGUUUUUUCCCCCUGUUCCUUUUUCUCUGUGUUCUGUUUUUCCUCUGUUGGAUAUGUUAGAUUUUGCUGUAUGCCCUGAUGCUUUCCCUCAUAACGAAAAAAAAAUGUAUGAAAAGGAUAAAAAAAAAAAAAAAAAAAACAUUUGGCUUAUUUUUCACUAUAGUUAGUCUUUUAUACAAUAAUAUUGUAAGAACAUUUCUUGAAUUCUAAAUAUUACUCUUUCUAGAUUUUUGAAAUCAAAAGUUUUGAGUAAAAAGUUUCUUACUUUAUUUUACUAUAUUAGAUAGUAAAAAAAAAUGUACGGUUAUUUACCAUAACCUGUCCAUUAUUAUAAAAAAAAAAGAUUAUCGAUAGCAUCUUAAGAACAUAAGUAGGAUUGUAGCUCGCAGUCUAGUACGUAUGGGGUAUUGUACGAGCUCGAUGUUCCAGAGGAUGUGCUCUCCAUCUCUGUCUCCAGUCUGCAUUGUUGGUUGAUGAACGAUUUGUACCCAUGUCAAAAUUCAAGGUAUUGUCAAUGCACAUCAGAAAACCAGCAGUAAGAAGUCGAAUUCUUUUUUUUCUUUUUUUUCUGUCUCUGUAACAGAAAACACAAUAUGUAUAUAACAUUUAUGUAGCAAUAAAUGUGCCAUCUUUUUUAA